AUGACAACCACAACAGAUGUGCGCACCCAGGCCACUAUAGCAAGGUCUCCGUCGGAUAGGUCGCGGGCUUGUGCUAAUUGCGUCCGCGCGAAGACAAGAUGCUCUUUCGUUUCGGAGGCAGAAACAAAGUGCGAAAGAUGUCGUCGGAUGAGAAAAGACUGUCAACCGCAGCCUGCUGCGCGAAAGCGCAAGGUUGUGACCAGACAUGCCCCGAAUAAAGUCGAAAGACUGGAAGAGAAGAUAGAUGGACUUGUUGAUUUCCUCAGGUCGACCGCGGAAAGUGGUUUAGCAUCGGCCAACAGCAACACCUCGUCUGUUAACACAGUAGUACCUCGGGACUCUGCUUUAUUACGUCCUGGCAACGCAGUCUCAUCAAAUGUCCCCAGGAGUAUCAACCAUGAGGAGCCAGCUUUCAAUCCAACUAUCGAAAAUAACAUCUCUCGCCCUUCGCUCACAUUGUCGUCCUCUUCUAAUCCCGCCUCGGCGCCGGUGGGUUUGUUAUCUGGCAUUGAUACAUCUCCAGAACCCAGCGCAGAAACUGCGGAGUUGUAUUUACUCAAUUUCCGGGAGAAUUUCAUCAAAAAUCUUCCGUUUCUAGUGAUACCGCCGUCAGUAACAGCUUAUAGUCUUCGGCAAGAGAGGCCCAUCCUCUGGCUCUGCAUAAUGACAGUCGCUUCGAAUUCCUCAAACCAGCAGAUUGCUCUGUCCAGAAAAGCCAGAGAGUUGUUUGGGAAGGUGGCAUAUGUUGAGGCUAUUAGGAACAUGGAUCUACUCCUGGGAAUCCUUGUUCUUGUUACAUGGUACGAGACUCCUAUUUCUUUUACUAAACCGAACAGUCAAAGCAAUAAAAUCAGUGCUCAUUUUGACUGCUUAGGGAUCGACGCAUUGGCGUUACUUGCCAUAUCUACCGUUUAUGACCUGGACCUGGACAAAGCACCUUCCACGGAUAUGGGAUUUGUACUUCAUGACUCCGUAAAAGGAGCAACUAAUAUUACUGCGCAAUCUUCAAGAUACCCAACCAUGGAAGAACGGAGGGCCUUACUUGGCUGUUACUUACUUAGUACGGUAUCUUCAUCUUUACGGAAGGGCCAGAGUCUCCGCUGGACAAGUUACUUCGAUGAUUGUCUUCGAGUAUUGCAGGACACAAAAGAAAAUGAAUCUGACGAGACACUCGUUCAGAUAGUCAAACUGCGUCAGGUGUCUGACAAGGUGGUUGACUAUUCACGCCUUGGCGAGGGCCCGUCGGAGGGCAUACCGGCCACUUUCUACGUCAAGUCAUUAAGAUCAGAGCUGCAUGAAUCUGUGACUUCUAUUCCCAGCAAUCUACCACAGAACAAGAUUCUGCUUUUGGAGCAGUAUUAUACGGAAGCGAGCAUUCACGAAAUCGGAUUUUCGCAAUCUUCUAGAAUCUUUGUUGAGCAACCAACUCUGCGCUUUGAAUGCCUGUUCGCCUGCCUCCAAGCCAUCAAAUCCUUCUGCGAAACAUUACUUAGUAUCCCAUCCCAUGGGUAUCCGGGGUUUUCAUCACUGGUUUUAGCUGCGAUGACUACCUGCUUUACGCGAUUAUGCCGAUUGUCGAUGUGUGAGUACUUGGGGUGGGAUCGAGACAUAGUCCAUGCGACGAUUGAUGUGUCCUUUUUCCUUGAGCAGCUCGAGAAGAAAUAUAGACAUGUACGAGAGACAGUCGGCAUUGAGUCUGAUGACUCUCAUGGUGGCAAUGACUACUUUACCAUAAAGGCAACGAAGCUUCGAGCUAUGAGGGAAUCUUGGGAUGCACUCACUCUGCCUGCAAUGUCCGUUCAGGAGCUUGAAUCUUUGUCUACUGAUUUUCUGGAUGCAUGGACUUGGUAA